AUGGCAAGUUUUAGUGUCGUCAGCGGGCGAACGACGGUUCUCCGCGGUCAAUCAAAGCCUCCUCGACGACUCGGCAGAUUGGUGCGAGGCUAUAAAACAGCUGACUAUGAUGUCUUUGGAGCACCGCUCACGUACAGUACCGGCAACGAAUUGACCAGCGGUAACGAGGCUCACGAAAUUCGAGCUUCCGCGGACCUACGUGGUCGGGUUUCAUUCCCUACGCUUAAUUAG